CCUUUAUCAUUUGUCAAAUUAUUUUAUUAAGUAAUCGUCGCAGUGCUCGCAUACUCAAGCCCUAUUGAUGACACCCUGUUGUCGCUUAUAUUGCUAAUGGCAUAAAUUUAAAAAUGUCAUGUAGGUACUAGGAUGGUGACUGCGCUCGAACCUCUGUCUUAGGUACCUAAGUAGAGUGCAAUUAUUUGUAUUAUCAUUAUCUAUGCAAAUGUUUAUUUGGAUUAAAGUUAAAGUAUCAUAUGUUCAUAAGAAACGCUGUCAAAACUAACUUUUAUAUCAACUAUUGAAACAUGUUUAAACACACCCUCUUUGGAUAUUUGACUCGAGCCCUUAAAUUAUAAAUCGUACAAUUAUAGGUAGGUACAUUGUUUUGUGGUUAUAUACAACGUCUUAGAAUUAAUGAUACCUACGAUUGGUUGAAUCAUAGUUUUAUUUAUUAUAAAUUUUACAUUCGAGUAAGUACACAAAAUAACGAAAACUUUAACUAACCUUUCUGUCUACGUGCUGAAAAACGUUACAACGACGUAAGGCGGACGCGCUCAGCCAAUCACGCGCACGCACACACCGCCGCGGGGCGCGCGCCGGCGCCCGCGCCCUGCGCGUCCCUCCCCUCCGAUAUCGUCACCUCGGAAAGCUUCGCACACCUGGAAAACUGACACAGCGCCUGAGACCAGAGCAUCGCCCGCGCCGCGCCUACUCCUUGCCUAUCUUUCGGAUAAUAGAUUUGACGAUUUUGUGAAGUGAUAGUGAUAUCAUGAAAAAGUUGCACUAGGCUCGAAGUUGCAUCAAAUAUUAUAAAACAUAAUUUAACAUUGUUACUUAGAUUCAGUAUUAGUAUGGAGUCGGAAACGAAUACAAUGGCGGGCGACGGCGAAAAUCAACAGGAAUUGCAAGCUACUGCCGAGGCACUACAACUUGUAAAACAUGAAGAGAGGAUCGAGCAAGAUCGAUCUACAAACAAAAAUACGAGCUCUCCGGCCGAUAUGGCUACCGAUUCACAGCAGUCCCCGCAUCCGCAGACGCAGUCAGUAAUAACAUCUCGUCGUGCCGUACGUACUAUCACUGCCGCCGGGCACAUUACCACCGAUGACGUUGAUGUCAAUCCUGAAGAUGGCGUGAAGGACGAACCCCCUGAGCCACCGCCGAUAGAACAUGAACAGCAUUCCAUGCACCAAUAUACUCCAAAACUGGAAGAAAGCGAGGCACGGAAUGUCGCACAGCAACAUUACGACGAAGAAAGGCUACGUUUAGCCGAAGCAGAAACAGCUAGAUAUUUAGCUUUUAAACCGGAAUCUUAUAGAUCACUACCAUCCCCAGAUAAACGCAUGCAGGUACAAUAUGCCCGUACUCCACAACGACCGCCAUACAGCAGGGGACUAUCUUUGCGUUACGGCGCGUCGCAUCACGUUAUAGUCGCGCAGGAAAACAAUGCAGAAGAUCACGAUCCGGAUGCUUUCCUAGGACCCAAAGACAAACCGGAACAAUUACAAUACGCCCAAAAUGAUGACAUCGGCGCACCGGGUUCCAGUGAUGGCAGGCAAUAUGGAGCAGUUCUGAGUGAUCAAGUAUCAGCGUCGUCAUCACUCGAAAUGAUUCAGACGACUUCUUUGAACAGUCAACAGGCAAUCGGUGUUGCGUACCAACAAGUUAAAUAUGAGACCAGAGGAGAACCUGAAUUACGACCUACGACAUAUGCUAGUCUGCAGCCAGUAACUUCUGUACACGGGGGUUAUGCAUAUGCAGGACAGAGCCCUCAGUAUGGUGGAGCCGGAGGGUACGGAGCAUUUGGCGGCGGAGGCAAGGAGCUGCUUACACUUUACGGUGCGGCGGGCGGUGCGGCUUCCGGGACGAGAGGAGACGAGUCUCCACCCAGUCAACUCCUCUACCGGAGCGAUCCAACACUAUCAUCAUCAUCCCUGACGACGCGCGGACCGCAUGUCGUGUACGGAUCGGUUGUACCGCAAUCGCAAACAGUUUACGAAGCCCCAGCUAGUCCAAACUCACAACAGGUAACAUUAUAUACACAUGGUAAUGCUGUGCAAUACAAAGUCACCGGCGAGCACUAUUUGGGUCAGGGCGGUGGCGUAGAGUACGUGCCCGUGUCCGGAUACGACGGCGGCCUGCUGGUGGAAGGCUACGCAGCGCCGGCGCAGCCAUGGCCAGCACAUAAUAUGCUACCAAUUGACGAUGGUUUUGAUGCAAGCAUGGCUGGGAUGGGAGAAGUGAAAGAAUGCGUGAACUGCGCAGCGGCAACCACUCCUCUGUGGCGACGCGACGGCACGGGGCACUACCUGUGCAAUGCCUGCGGCCUCUACACGCGCAUCAAUGGUGUUAAUAGGCCGCCUCUUAAAGGACAGAAAGCAAAACCUCAACAGGCACUGCCAACGAACGGCAACCGGCGCGUGGGAGUGACGUGUGCGAACUGUCGCACCUCCAACACCACGCUGUGGCGGCGCAACAACAACGGCGAGCCCGUCUGCAACGCCUGCGGACUCUACUACAAGCUGCACAAUGUGAACCGGCCACUAAGUAUGAAGAAGGAUGGCAUCCAAACACGCAAGCGCAAGCCGAAGAGUAUGGGCGGCGCACACGGCGUGCCGCGGCCCGGCUCCGGCGCGCUCCCUGUGGAGGCACACUCGCACAAGGUGCUGCCUCCGCUGUACGCGGCGGUGGAGGGCGGAGGCGGCGCGGGGCUGCUGCUGCUCCCUCCAGCGCGCCAUCACCCCGAUAUGAUACCACCGGUAGACCGGACGGCUGUGACAGUGGCGCCAGCGUAUUACCGCCCGCCUUAAAUUGCCCGGAGCGGACCUCUUCCCAUUUUUUCACCACACCAGCUCGUAAAGGCUCUCUUUAUUCUUCAAAAAGUGAUUAAAAAGUUGCAUUUUAUCCACAAGAGUGCCAAUGUAAUUAAAUGCAAAAUAUUGAGUUGUCUCCUCGUGUUAGCUGAUUUUAAAUGUUAAAUAACUUAAUGGCCUUCAUUUGGAUUUGAUUUGUAAUGUGUUACAGUUAGUAUUUUCCUAGCGUUGGUGUGGAGAAAAUUUUGUGUAUCACUCGGUGGAAAGUUUGUUUAACCCUCGUGCCUUGAAACCCUUGCAACGCUCGAAAUGCCACUUAUCGAACCACUCUUACACUUAACUAACAUGUAAUCCUUCGCUUGCCCGGGUAUCAAUAUUAGCACGAGUGAGGGAGGGAACAACAACUUUGCCCUCUUAUAAAACAAACGAUUAUUAUUCUUUAGCCGCCCAGAAGACUUUUUUAAAAGGCCAUAUCAUAUAUUUUGUGCGCGGCUGGUGGAUAAUGCAAUUUCUUAAUAGAAAAGUGCCCUAAUCAUUGAUAACUAUUAUUAUUAUUAUAUUUUAUAAAAGAUAACUUAUUACAAAUAUAUUUGGUACUAGAUUUAAUCAAAUAAUUUUAUUUAUAAAAAUAGUCUGGUAAAAAGUUCUGUAUAUUUGCCACAUACCUAUGUAUAGGAAACUAAGUUUUUACCAAAAAGCGCUAGAAUUUAAGAUUACAUUAAUAGUCGUUUAUGUGACUGUUACAUUAUCAAAGGCUUUAAACGAGAGUAUGGGUUUAUGAAACAAGCUGACAGCAAGGUUCAUAAAAACAUCACACGAAUAUUUUAAUGCCUAAUUAUAUAGUCACAUACACUGCUUUAUCUACACACAUAUUAAAAGCUCUCUAUGGUGUGUACAGGAACCGCAUAUUGGGACUUAGGAUAUGAUUACACUGUUUGCAAUUGACAUUUCAUUUCGAAUAAAAAAUUAUCUCGACUGAUACUAGAUAUUAGAUCAUAGAUGAAUUCCUUUGUUUUUCAGAGAUGUUCGAAAAUUGAAUGUAAUUUUUAAAUCGAAUGUUAUUACUACGCAAUAAUAACAUUUUCACAGAUAAGAUUUUUUUUGUAACAAAACAGCUCAUCUUAAUGCUGGCCGCAAUUUGGGGUUUAUGAACGCAUCAUAGAGGGCUUAUGAUAAUAAUAUGUAACGUUCCAUGGAUAAAGGUACCUUAUGGUUGGUAUUGAGUUAUGGUUAUCCCAGUAAUCUAUAAUUAAUAAGCUAUAGGUAACACGAAAUAUCAACUUCCUAACUAGUGCAGUUACAGAGAUAUAAUUUUUUGAAAAUGUUAUUAUUAUUUUAGCAAUUUUACAUAACAACCGUUUCAUGUUGCUGAGGGAAGUUACAUAGUCCACUUUAAAUUGAUUUAAAAAAAAUUGCGCAUGUUCUGUAUUAAAAAUCGAAACCUUUGAUGUCGCUGAUCAAUACGAGUAUGUAUACUGACCAAUUCCUGAAAAAUGAAGUUUUGUAUAAUUUUAUACAAUUGAUUGCAAUGAGCUCUCAAAUUUUAAUUUUAUUAUAUUAGCAAACGGUACCUCAAGAAAAUUUCAAGAGAAAAAAAUACCAGAUUAAAACAAGUAAAUUUUAUUUUUGACAAUUUUAUGUAAAACACUGAUUUAAACUUUCACGAUUUUUACACAUUAUUAUCUAACACAAACGGGACUUAAUCGCGUAUUAAAAUUUACCUCCGACGUUACGAGGACGGCGUUGUCCCCGGGGUCUCGGAGUCUUCUCCGAUUAAGUCCCGUUUGUGUUAGUUAACAAUUUUAUGUAAAAUCUCUAAAUUGAAUAUAUUUUACUUCUCACGUAAUCCAACCGAAUGAUUUUCUAAGCGCAUAUUUAAGAUAUUGUUUCAUUCAUGAAAUCCGCAAUCAAAUACUUAUUUUCACUUUUCAUGCCGCUUUAAACUUACACCACAAUAACGGUUUUUGCUCUAUACAUUAAAGAAAAGGUACCAUAUGGAAAUAAGUUUAAUAAUACAUCACUACAAGAAAUCAAUUGCAUUGAAGUUCAUCUUUGUUUAUAUUUAAAAUAUUAAUUAAACAAUAAACUGCCGAAAUAUAAUUCAUCAUUGGCCUUUGAGUCUAUUACAGACUAUUCAAACAGUGUCAGGUAGGGCGGCAGCGCUUUUCAUGGCUGUGUAGGCCAAUACGGGAGCGGCAAACACGACCACAAGCCAGGCAGGUGUAGUGUGUCCGUGGCGAACAGGUGUCGGGCUGAUGACGCUUGGCUCGCUUACUAGCAAGUGUCUUAAACCAAGCCUCAUCAUGGAUUUUACGUCCGUCGAACACCAGUUUGCGCCACUUAUCUCUGUCCUCGGCAAGCUCCUCCCAUUUAUGAACAGGGAUAUUGAAGGCGUGCAUGUUUCGCUUGGCGCAGUCCUUAUGCCGUAACAUAGGCCGACCGACGCUUCUCUUGGCAUCAGCUAUGGCGCCAAGUAAAACACGCCGCGGCAAACGAGAAGGUUGCAUUCGAUGCACAUGCCCCAGCCAACGUAAGCGUCUCUGCUUUAGCAGCGCAAAGAGGCUGGAUAGCUGAGCAAUCUCAAGAACCCUCUCGUUCGUAACCUACUAACUUUUAACAUACUAACUAAUUAUUUUUUAUAUGUUCGAGAUUGGUUUUUCAAAAAAUUUACUUUUAUUUGAAUAACGGUGUCUUUAAUGUAAUCUCAUAGAAAUUCAAGUGUAAUAAAGACACGUAAAGUUGGUUAAAUUGCAAAAUGAAUUCGGAAAUGUUUUUGGUUAAUUAAAAAAAAAAGUUACAAAAAAGUAAGUUAAGUUAGUAAGUGUAAAAUUUAUAGUAAUGUUAAUAUUUUGUUAUAAAUUCGUAAUUUUUCGACGGUAAACUUCGGAGAUAAGGGGGGUGGGGCUGUUUUUUUUACAUUUUCCUUCAUAAAUCUAUUUUUCUUUUCACUACGAAAAAGAAAAAAUGUUUUGGAAUGUACAAUUUGAGCUCUUUCAAAUGAUACCUACUCCUCUUGACCUACUCACUGGCCUUUGAAAUUUUGCCCCCUCUUCAUUUUGGGCAUUUUCCAUGGUUAAUAAAAAAAAAUACUUUCGAGUUGUCUGGGUUAGCGUUGUUCAUAACUACCUAUUCCAAAUUUGAAAUCGAUAGUUUAAGUUGUUCUCGAGAUAUUUAGCGAUGUGACAGACGGACGGACGGACGGACAGAGUCGCACCAUAAGGGUUCCUUUUGUACCUUUUUGGUACAGAACCCUAAAAAGAUCAUUUAUUGACCAGUUUACAAAACAUUAACAACCAAAAACCCACCUAAAGUUCCUUUUCCCGUGGAACGUUACAUAUGGUUUUAAAUAAAACUAAUUUAUCUUUUAGACACUAAACCAAAUUUAGUGAUGGAAAAUAUUAAAAUUAAGUUAAUUUUACGUUAUUAACUGGGGGUGUUCUGUGGGUAGAGAAUACUGUACGAGUAUUAUUACGAGUAUGUAAGUAUUUAUACUGUUAGACAUAAAUUACAAUUUUAGGAUAAAAUUACAACGUUUCUACAAGUAGGACCAACGUGACGGUUCACGGUUUAGGAGAUUACAAAUAUGAUCUCUUGAAAAUAUUCGUAGACGUAAUUAUAAGAGUCCGAUGUUUACUCGCGGCAUGCCACGUGUAAAGAACUUGGUUUCUUAUCAUGCCGUUGGUUCAUUUUUAAAGCCUGUGUGUACUUUAGGACAGUGUUACAACACCUCGUAAUAUUACUACACUCUUCGAUAAGGUGAAUAUUUAAGAGGUUCCUUCAGCGUGUGAUUUGAAUACUUAUUUAUUUAAUACAUAGUAAGUAAUAACAUUAGGAACUGAAUAUAAAACUGCGACGAAUUUAUUUCUAGAGACUUUAAUUAAUAUUAAGUUUAUAGAUAAUGUUAAAUACAAUUUUUCCAAUGGUUGAAUAAGAAAAAAUCUAUU